CCUCAACUUCAUUCUCCACAUGCCAUCCUCCCAGACAUCAACAUCAUAUGUCCCAUCUUUACCCGUAGACAAUAUCCCCUCUCCCCGUCGUCAGCUCCGCUCCGUUCUUCUAGACCCUUCCCCACAAAAAGGCCAGCCAGGUCUAAAGUCCGAUUUUAUUCUCCCCGGGAAACGAGGCAAGGUCAUACGACUUGUCCUCGCCGCUAUUAUCUUUUUUCCACCCAUGGCCAUAUUCCUCCUAGCCAUAUUCCUCCUAGCCAUAUUACCCUUUAUUGUACUUACCACUGUCAUCCUUUCGUAUUCUGCUGCAUGGUUCGUUUACUGGGUCAUGGCUGAACCUGCAUCCUUUGCAGACCUUCCGCUAGACCCUCGGAGAGUGAUGAAGCUUAACAGGGCUGUCUUUGGAGUGAUCGUCUCAAAUCUCACCUUAAUUCCCAUUGGCAUUUCCCUGGCUCAAUACCGUUUUUGGACAAUGCGCUCAGCCGCCGAUUACAUUAUCGAUGUACCAUACAACCCAAAGCGUCCUAGUAAAAAGCUUGAUAUCUAUAUUCCCGAUGGCCAAGGCUUAAGCACUCUUCCUGGUGAGCACGAGCCAAAGUCACUCCGACCCGUUAUUGUGUUUAUUUAUGGAGGUGCUUGGUCAUCAGGCUCCAAGUUAUUAUACACACUUGUUGGGGCUCGUUUGAGGUCCAUGGGAUACCUAGUCAUAAUACCAGACUACACUAUUUAUCCAUUUGGGGUCAUAACGCAUAUGGAGCAGGAUGUUAAAAUGGCUAUCCAAUGGACGCAUAGACACUGUAAGAGGUACGGAGGGGAUCCACAGAAGCUUUAUAUUAUGGGACAUUCUGCAGGAGCACAUCUAUGUGCUCUUACAGUUCUAAAUGACUGUAUCCGGAGGGUGCCAAUUUCCAUGUACGGAUCUUCUCCGGCCGCUGUUGCCACAUCACCCAUCCUAACCACACUUUUGAAGGAGUGCGACGAGAGAGAAAGCAAAGACGAUGUGUUACCGCGGCUCCGUGGGAUGAUCCUCUUCUCUGGCGUAUAUAACAUUGGAGAGCAUUAUAAACACGAGUCUAUGCGAUGUGUAGAGCAUAUCUCGGCCAUGGCGCGUGUCAUGGGCAAGUCCGAGAGCACAUUCCGCCAGUACUCACCCACCAAUAUCCUGCAGGAAUUACUUCAGGUGUCUACUAGGAUCGAUCGCCACUACUCCACAGAGUCGCAAACACGUCACCACAAUCUUCUCCGUCACUUGAAAUCGCUGUUGCCAAUCGAAACCUUGGUGAUUCAUGGUGACCUAGAUCAAACGGUCCCUGCAAGGUCAUCAUCUGAGUUCCAUAUGGAGCUCAAAACCAUGCAAUUAGGUUCUGCUGCAAGGCUUCGCAUUAUGCAUGGUAUGGGCCACGAAGAGCCCGUGGUUGCAUUAAUGGAAUGUAUUGGUCGAGUAGCACCUUUCCGAAAGCCUUUGAUGGAUGAGAUCAGUCAGUUCAUAGAUGGUGACAAGUAUGUCAAAAAGAUACGGUGAGAGAUUUGCCAUGUUGAAGAAUAGCAUCUAUUUUUGAAUAAAAAUAUUACGCCG